UCAUUUAUAUAUUUCAAUAUGGUUAUGCAUGUCUAUUUAUGAGUUUAUAUUGUUAAAUUUGACCUAUAUAACGUGUUACGUGCGUAGCCACGUAUAUAGAGUGAAAGGUAGUCAGUUAAACAUCCUUCGUCGAGGAAUUAGAUUGUGUGUAUUUUAUGAGUUUGUGUUAUGUAUGUGCACUUAGAGGUUGGUUGUGGUCGAUAUGAGGAGAAGUAGAGGUAGGUCGAAGAGGUGAUUAAUCAAACAUGACAUGAUACGAUACGCCGACGACAUGAACAUGAACCUAGAUAAGAAGAUAUUAUAGAGGUCGAGGAUUAAGGUAGAAGGUUGGUAGGGGGUCGAGCGUUGUAUAGUUUCCCUUAUCAGAAUAUGAAGAAAAGAGAGAAAGAGAGGUAAGUCGAAGAAGUAUUGGAGAGAGAAGUGAUUAAGUAAACAUGAUAUGACCCGAUACGCUUGUAGAUUACGGAGGACAUGAACCUAGAUCAGAAGAUAUUAUAGAGGUCGAGGUCGAGGAUUAAGGUAGAAGGCAUAAGGUGAAUUGUUAAGCGGGCGAAAAUGGACUAUGUUAAUGGACCUGGAAGGAACCAUUUGUUUGUUCCGGGACCUGUUAACAUCCCGGAACAAAUUCUUCGUGCUAUGAACCGGAACAAUGAAGAUUACAGGUCCCCGGCUAUUCCGGCUAUGACAAAGACCUUGCUUGAGGAUGUGAAGAAGAUUUUCAAAACUACUAGUGGAACUCCAUUUCUGAUCCCAACUACAGGAACUGGUGCGUGGGAAAGUGCACUCACGAACACGCUGUCACCUGGUGAUAAAAUUAUAUCGUUCCUCAUCGGUCAGUUCAGUCUGCUGUGGAUUGAUCAACAGAAACGCCUCAACUUUGACGUUGAUGUUGUUGAGAGUGAUUGGGGCCAAGGUGCAAACCUUGAGGUUUUAGCCUCGAAAAUUGCAGCAGAUAAGUCGCAUACCAUCAAGGCGAUUUGCAUUGUGCAUAACGAGACCGCCACUGGAGUUACCAACAACUUGGCUACCGUAAGGAAAAUACUCGAUCACUACCAGCAUCCUGCUCUCUUCCUUGUCGAUGGAGUGUCCUCAAUUUGUGCACUUGAUUUUCGUAUGGAUGAAUGGGGCGUAGAUGUGGCACUUACCGGUUCCCAGAAAGCACUGUCCCUUCCCACCGGGCUCGGUAUAGUCUGUGCUAGCCCUAAGGCUCUUGAGGCAAGCAAAACUGCAAAAUCAGUGAGAGUUUUCUUCGACUGGAGCGAUUACCUUAAGUUCUACAAGUUGGGUACUUAUUGGCCGUACACUCCUUCCAUCCAACUUUUGUACGGUCUCAGAGCAGCUCUCGACCUUCUUUUUGAGGAAGGUCUCGAAAAUGUGAUUGCAAGACACGCUCGCCUUGGCAAAGCAACAAGACUUGCUGUGGAGGCGUGGGGCUUGAAGAACUGCACUCAGAAGGAGGAAUGGUUCAGCGACACAGUAACAGCCGUUGUUGUUCCUCCAUACAUCGACAGUACUGAAAUCGUGAAAAGGGCAUGGAAGCGAUACAACUUAAGCUUAGGUCUCGGCCUAAACAAAGUUGCAGGAAAGGUAUUCAGAAUAGGACAUCUCGGCAACUUGAACGAGUUGCAACUAUUGGGAUGUCUUGCUGGAGUUGAAAUGGUACUUAAGGAUAUUGGUUAUCCAGUGAAGUUUGGGAGUGGAGUUGCAGCAGCAAGUGCUUUUCUGCAAAAUUCAACUCCACUUAUUCCAUCAAGAAUUUAAUUCUACUAUUAUUAUUAUUAUUAUUAUUACAACUAUACAAAAGCAAUGCAUGUAAAUUAUUCUCUUCAUGUAACCUUUUGUUUCAAUGUUCAAAUACUGGUUGAGAAUACUUUUGUAAAAUUUCAAAUUUUAUCA